ACAUUAUCACUUCGGCGUGGUUGGUUAGUGGUCAUCAGCUGCCGCAGCCACCGUCGCCGGCGCACUGAACGGAACGGAAUCGCGGGUGAGGUUUGCUUCGCUAGAAAAGAGUCAACAGUUAGUUCAGUUGUUUCUCUGCGGGCACGGAAAACGCGCGCGAAACUGAGGAGGCUGCGCAGUGCGCGCGUGAUCGGAACGUCUUUUACUACCUACUACCUGUCUGUCUGAAAAUUGAAGAGCAAGGAAAAAGCAUCCGCGAGGCGCGAGGUCUAUCGAUUGGUCAAUUGCAGUGUUGAAAUAUCGAUUCACGCAAUUUGUGGCGGUUUGACGUGAUGCAGAAAUAAGUAAGGAGUUUAAAGAUACAUCGUGCUUUUGUCAUGUGAAUGUGAAGUUCGGUUUUAGUAGAUGAUCUAUCGCAUAGUACUUCGCUGAAAGCGUAUUUCUAGUGGCCAUUGAGUUGAAGUGUCUUUUGAAGAGGUCAUCAAGCUUACGAUUCAUGAGCAACAAUUGUUUCAUUAGAGAAGAUUCCAAAAGAAAUACAUCCAAACAUGUGUGAAUGAUUCUUAUCUCUUGUAGCCGGCUCGGUUUGUGUAACGUCUAUUAUAAUGUCAAUAGACGUAUUUAAUGAAGUGUAAAAGAAUAAGCUAGAUGAGUUAGUGAUAAGUCCUGUGAAUUACUAUCAACUAAAAGUGACAGUCACGCAGGUGCCUUCGCGAGUAUCCUUGAGCAGCUCAUUCAAUGGCAGAUCUAUCGAAAAAGUCGGAUGGCUCAGUGAUAGACUCGGACAGGUGAUCGGCGUUUUAUUAGAUAGUGCAUGUGCUGCCGGAGGGGUGAAUCUACGUGAGAAAAACAGCGUGCCGCCAUUCGUUGAAUGACGAAUAGUUUGUAAAGUUGUAAAACUUUACUGUACUUGAGUGUAUCUUAAUUGCCUGAUAGAAGAUGAUGACGAUGAUGCUGACCUGCAACAAACAGCGUCGCGGCGGUCGGUGGGGCCAGCUUCGCGCUAUAGUCAGUUUGGCCUUGUUGACAGCGACCGCGGUCCACGGUCAAUUGGUUAGCUCAGACUGCGAUGCAACGAAAUGCCCGCCAUCGGUCGACAUUCCGGACACGCUGCUUCAGGUGGGCGAACGCACCGGCAAGCAAAUGGUGAACUGCUGCGAGGUCACGCAAAUAUUCUGCGAUCGGAGCACGUGCCCAGCGAGGAUCCAGUUCUGUGACGAAGCAAGGACGAUCCGACCGAAGACAGUCGAGGGAAGGUGUUGCACUUUGGACGAGUGUGAUAACAACGUCACACGAUCGGAGCUGUGCGAGGUGGAAAUCAAUGGAACGAUCACCAGAAAGCAGAUUGGCGAAAAGUGGUUCAGCAUGGUCAACAGGACAACUUGCAUGAACUUCGAGUGCCUGCGAGGAGAAGCUUCGGAACCAUUUGUGAAUUCUAUUGGAAUCACAUGUAAUUCGCAGUGUCCGGAGGGAUUCGCACUGCAGUAUACCACCCAGCACUGCUGUCCACAAUGUGUUCAGGCGAAAUGUCGUUUCAACGAUCGCUUCUACGCGGAAGACGAAAGUUGGGAAAGUCCAGAUGGCUGCCAACGGUAUCAAUGCAUCAACGAAGGCGGUUUGCUGUCGAUCGUAUCGAACCGAAAGCAGUGCCCGGUAAUGAUGGAUUGUCCACCGGAGGACGUGGUAGAGCAGGACUGCUGCAGUAUGUGCAAUAUUACACUGGUUGAACCAGUAACGCCGAGACCACGCAAAGGAAUCGAAUAUUACGACGAGCUUGACUACUCGGAUCAUGAAUGCAAACGAGAAUGUAUCAGGGGAAGGAAACCCAUGAAUUGUUAUUACCGAUUCAAGAUUGAGUGGUAUGAGACCUUGAGCAAGGCAUGUUAUGAGUGCCCGUACAAUGCUACGGAUUGUGAUCGGCCGCACUGUAUUGCUGCAGAUGGAGUUCGAAGAAGUGUGAUCGUUAUAAACAGAAUGAUGCCAGGACCGUCAAUCGAGGUUUGUGAGAAUGAUAUAAUUACCGUGGAUGUGGAGAAUCACCUUAUGGGAGACAGUACUACGAUUCAUUGGCAUGGUUUGCAUCAGAAGAGAACACCUUAUAUGGACGGAGUGCCCCAUAUCUCUCAGUGUCCGAUCAGUCCGGGGACAACUUUCAGGUACACAUUUAAGGCGGACAAUGCGGGUACUCAUUUCUGGCACUCUCAUACCGGAAUGCAACGUGGAGAUGGAGCAUUUGGUCCGCUAAUCAUUAGAAGGGACAAUGAUCCCCAACAGAUUAUGUACGAUCAUGAUCUUUCCGAACAUGUGAUAACUGUUCAGGAUUGGGGACACGUAGCUGGAAAUCAAAUGUUUAUAGCCCAUCACCACUCGACGGGAGAUAAUAAGCCUCCAAACAUACUGAUUAAUGGACGAGGGAAAUAUUUCAAACGGUAUCCAAAAAUCACUGUUUCAGCAGGAAACGGAAAUAGAGAUAUGGGAAACGAUGCAGAGCUGAUACUAAGCUCUCCUAGCAAAGCUCUCAAACAAGUCAGUACUAGACUAUCCAACACAUCAUUGCGUCGAACGAAGCGACAGUCCAGGACAGUGAAUUUCAACGCCGUAGUGGUCCCCGAAUCGGAACACAUUCCCUUGAAAGUAUUCUACGUCGAACCGAAGAAGCGCUAUCGGUUUCGGUUGAUCAACGCUGAAUUCCUGAACUGCCCGGUCGAACUUUCUGUGGAAGGGCACAACCUCACCGUAAUAUCGUCGGAUAGUUUCGACGUAAACCCCGUAGAAGAUCUGGCCUCGUUCGUCAGCUAUGCUGGUGAACGAUUCGAUUUCGUUCUGAGAGCAAACCAACCUAUUGGAAACUACCUGAUGCGGUUCCGAGGGUUGAUGGAUUGCGAUGAACGGUUCACGUCCGCCUAUCAGGUGGCCGUGCUGCGCUACAAAGGAGCUCCCGAGGAGGAAUAUCAACAGUGGCCGAAUUACGACUUCCCUCUGGAAGGAAUGCAGCUAAAUUCGUUGAACAAAGGAACGGGGCACGCCGAUACGAUGUCAAUUGCGGAAACAUCGUCGAGAGAUCAAGAAGAUCUGCUAUUGCUCAGGGAGAAGACUGAUUUUAAGUUUUACGUUUAUUACGAUUUCUACGCCAAGGACAAUCCACACUUUCACGUUCCAGAUUUGUACGGAUUUAAGGAUGUCAUCAACAACACCAACCGACUGUUCACUCCGCAGCUGAAUCACAUUUCGAUGCGGAUGCCAAAGAUUCCCAUGAUGCCGGGCAAGGACGAGCUGGACGAGAGUCGCUUCUGCAACGCAAGCUCUCUGAUGGAACAGGGCAUCAACUGUCGGGAGGAAUUUUGCGAGUGCAGCCACGUGGUUCAAGUGCCACUGAACUCAACCGUGGAAAUGGUGCUGAUAGACGAGGGGUUCACAUUCGAUGCCAAUCAUCCGUUCCAUCUGCACGGGCAUGCCUUCCGGGUGGUCGGAAUGGAACGGUUGGCGGGCAACAUUACGGCCGAGGAAGUGAAGCGGCUGGACGAGGAGGGAAAGAUCAAACGGCGCUUGAAGGGUGCCCCGAUUAAAGAUACGGUGACCAUUCCGGACGGUGGUUAUACCAUUAUUCGGUUCAUUGCGAACAAUCCAGGCUACUGGUUGUUCCACUGUCACAUCGAGUUCCACGCCGAGAUCGGAAUGUCGCUCGUCCUGAAGGUGGGUGAUAAAUCAGAAAUGCUGGCAGCUCCCCCGAACUUCCCCACGUGUUACGACUACACGCCCGGUCUGGGAAAUCAGUAUUCCGGUGGGCAGCACACUGCUGGACAUGGUGCCCUCCAGCGAGUAGUAUUAUUUUUAGCGUCCAUUACCGUGGCAGUGAUUGCAAAGAUGAUUGCGUGAUUGUGAUAUUUAUUGUUAGAUGUUCUACUUUAAGAGAAGUUUUAUAUAAAGAAAUAAAAAGUUUCGUUAAAAAAUCAA